CAGCCCUUGCCGGCCGUUGCAGUUUGUGCAGCGCUGUGGGCGCUCUUCGGGCGGGAGCGGGCGGUCUCUCUGCAGCCAGCGGCCUCUCCGCGGUGCCGCGCCGCCCGUGUGCGCAUGCGCGGUGCCCCGGGAGCGCGGGCCGUUCGAGCGCCAUGGCGGCAGCGGCGCCGCCCGUGUGCGCAUGCGCGGUGCCCCGGGAGCGCGGGCCGUUCGAGCGCCAUGGCGGCAGCGGCGGCGCCGGGCCCCGCGCUCGGGCCCGGCCCGGAACCGGCCCCGGGGCUCCGCUGCCGGCAGUGGCCGGACCGGGCGGGCAGCGGGGCCGGGGCAUCGGCCUCGGGCGGGAGGAGCCCCGAGAGAGGCGCCGCGAGGAGCCAGGGCUGGCGGAGCGGCAGCAGUGCCCCGUACUUCUCUUCCAGCAGCGAUGAGGAAUUUGAAAUGUUUUUAGCUAGACUGAAAACUCCCAAAUCUGUUUCUAAAAAGGCAGAUGCAAGUUUGAAAGACUUCAUUGAUGACUCAGAUGAUUUCUUCUUGGACUUGAAGGUGAAAAAGAGUUCAAAGAAGAGUGCACAGAAAGAUCUUCAGACCCCAAAAAAGCUGAUGACUCCUGGAAAGAGAAACACUUGCUGCCAAGAAUUGCAGUAUCCGGACACUUCAAGUGACACUGAAGAUUCUGUCUUUGUAGACAGUCCGUGGCAUAACCACCAAAAAGAGGGAGUGAAAGAUUUGAGAGAGAGUCAGAAGUGCAUAAAUCUUUCACCUCCGCAAAAUCGGAACGAGUCGGUUUUCAAAGGCAGUCCAGAUUUGCUUGUUAGAAGGAAAGAGAGAAGCUGUGAAAAUACAGAAAAUAAAUUGCCAAGUGUGGCCCUGGGACGUGGUGCAGGGGUGGAAUCAGAUAGCUCAGAUGAGAGUUUUGGAUCGUUAAUGGAACGGAUAAAGAAGCGAAGUCUGCCCCGCAAACCAGUCUUAAGCACAAGUAAAACUGUCUUUCAGCCAAGCACGACAGAAAACAUCAAGCCACCCUGCAAAGAUGCACAGCCUGUGAAAGGGGAGGGAGUCAGGACACCAAAACCAAAAUCCAUUUCACUUCAAGAAACCCCUUCCAUGAUAACGACUCCUGCAAGAAUUCCUGGGAAUGAAUCAGUCAGUUGCUCACAGUCAGCAAAGACAGAGAAAAGGCUCAGGGUAUGUUCAGUGCCCGGUUGUUUCUUGCAAGAUCUUUCAAAUCCAGCCUCCCAGUAUGUGAAGUAUUUCAAGAAAAAUAAAGAGGAGCUGGCCCAGAAGCUCUACAGGCUGUUUAAUAGUACUAUCUUUGAGCAGAAGUUACCAGAGGACAUGGUAAUAGUCUGGAAUAAGAAGAUGAGAAAAACAGCGGGGUAUUGUGUAACGGGGCAGAGGGGAGGCCCUGAAGGGAAGCGUUACGCUCGCAUUGAACUCUCUGAGAAAGUCUGUGACUCUGCAGAUCGCCUUCGGGACACGCUGAUCCACGAGGUUUGCCACGCGGCCACCUGGCUCAUCAGCGGCGUUCGGGACGGACACGGGCGCUUCUGGAGGUUCUAUGCCAACAAAUCAGCUGUAAUUCAUCCAGAACUGCCAGUGGUGACACGCUGCCACAGCUAUGAGAUUAAUUACAAAUUCACCUACGAGUGUCUUCGGUGCAAAGCUACGAUCGGGCGGCACUCGCGGUCCCUGGACACGGCGCGGUUCGUGUGCGCCUUCUGCGGGGGGCAGCUGGCCCUCAGGCAGCCCCCGGCCAGGGGGGGCACCCCUGCCAGGACACAGCUCACGCCCUUUGCUAAGUAUGUGAAGGAAAACUAUGCACUUGCUAAGAGAGAGCAGCAUGGGCUGAGUCAUGCAGAGGUCAUGAAGAAACUCAGUGCUGAUUUUGCUAUGAAAACCAAGCUGGAAGAUUCCUUCUAAUAUCUCAGUAUACCUUCUUUCUUGGUGCUACUUAAAUUUUUUAUAGAGAGCAGUAAAAGUUCUGAGCGGCACUUACACACAGCAUGUCUUCAGUGACUCCAGUAAGGGAUUUCCUGUUUCAUCUGGGCAGCUGAUACGCUGUAGACUCGGUGUGUGUGCUGAAGAACUGCUCCCUGUGCGUCUGGCUGCAAUUGCCAGAGGCAAGAAAGUCCAGGCCUACCAGCCUAAGUCCUCUGACUCUUAAUGACUCCAAGGCAGGAAAAGGGGCAUACCCGAGUUGGGCUUCAACAUGGGUUCAGAUAUUCUCCCAUGUAGACUUUCCUGAGAGAUCCUUGGCUGUUUUUGUUAAAAUUAAGUGGUAGGUAGAUGGUGCCUUAAAUCCAUUAACAGAAUAUGUGAAUUUCUCCAAAGCCCUUUAACCCUCAGUAAGUAGUGUACCUCUGUCAUUGAGAUUUCAUAGAAACUAAAAUAGAUGCAGAAGGUCACGUUGGGGAAAGCAGAUUCAAACGCUUUCCCCAAGGAUGAGUAGGUCUUGUCAUGGCUUAAGUCUUUCCUAUGAAAUGCAACAAUGUGUGUUAUAGUGUUUGUGUCUUCUGAAAGCAAAUUGCUCAGGGGUUUAAUAAUUUUGAUGAUCAAUAAAUGCCAGUUUGAUACAAACUCUUGCAAUAAAC